AUGCCAAUGACAAUCAUCCGCCAUUCACGCGCCGCUGGCGUCGCGACGGAAAAGCGGGGGGCGACAUUCACGGGCGAAGUGUGGGCGGACCCGGUUUUGACGGACGAGGGCAUCGUAAUCGCCAACGUGACUUUCACGCCGUGCGCACGCACGUACUGGCACACACAUGAGAACGGGCAGGUUCUGGAGGUCAAGGUCGGCUCGGGAUGGAUCUGUGACAAAGGUGGAGAGCCACAUCGCCUUUCGGUGGGAGAUAUUGUGUGGGCGCCGCCGGGGACGACCCAUUGGCAUGGUGCCGAUGAGGGGAGUAUGAUGACGCACCUUGCUAUCAGUCGCGGAAAGACUACCUGGCUGGACCCGGUCACAGAGGAGGAGUAUAAACUGAAAGAUAAAAGUGACGCGGGCAAGGCUAAGACUGCCUGA